GAAGCCCAAUUCAAAAUAUUUGCGCUGAUAGGACCCGGCCUUUUAUUGCAUCUCCUACACUUGAACAUAAUUACGACCAUUUCAGCCCAAUUCUCUUCUUCCACAAAGAAGCUAGCAACGGUAAAACCCAGAAUCGACAAAACAAUGGUUAAUGAGUAUACAUUCUGUUUUGGAGUAGUGGUUAGCAUAUUGCAUUGUUAGACUGUCUAUGUCACUUCUCAGUUGCUUGAUACUUAUGGAAAUGCAUAUUUUAUUACAUUUAAGUUGUUUUUCACCUUGUUCUCUGUUAGUGCAAAUCUUCCCUCCAUGGCUGAAGAGUUCAAGUAUUCUUGCAACACUGCCAGUGAAACCCUAGAAUGGAUCCAUGCAAUUAUCAACUUCAUUGCACCUUAUCGUUAUUUUAUAGAUGCUCAUGUCGUCAACUUUUUCAAGGAUAGACUAUGGGAAGCUGUGGAUAAAGAAUGGAUGGAUUGUUUACAGAAGGAGUCGGUUGAAAAUCUUCUCCGGAUUCCUUCUGGUGUGGUUCAGGAUCACUGGCCUGGCUCACUUAAAGACUUCAUACUUACUCUGAGGUCUCUUUGUCUUUCACGUGAACAGGCUGAUUUUCAGGAAUUUUCAGGAAUGCACAUAGCUUCACUAAGUAAUGUUUUAGCUCAAGGCAUGAAUCAUAAGAAAAAGCAUGAAGUGGAAGUACUUUCUGCUCUGGUCAGCUUAGUCGCAAAGCAAGUUGGUGCCCGAACAAUUGUUGAUGUUGGUGCUGGACAGGGUUAUCUUGCACAAGUGCUUGCUUUUGACUACCAGCUUUCGGUAAUUGCUAUUGAUGCUUGUUCACAUCAUGGCAAGAUUACUGAUGCACGUGCAGAGCGAAUCAGGAAACACUAUGCAGCUAAGAUGCGUAAAAAUUGGACAUUCUUGGAAUGUGACAAAGCUAAGGCGGUGAUUAGCGUCGGUUGCUGUUAUAAUUUGCUUUCUGAGGAAGCCAUUUGCGAAGCGGAUUCUUGUUGUGGUUUUCCUGUAAGCCAAGGUGUUAAAUCUGCUGGAGUAAUACUUGCAAAAAGUGCUCGUGAUCUAGCUUGUCAGAGUGCUGAUAGAUGGAGGGGCUUGGGUGAGAACGCAGGGCUUCACAACUUUGAGUUGCAUGCAUUCCGUGCUGCCUUCCAGAUUUUUCUCUUCAGACAUUAUCCUAGCAUAUUGCUAGAAAGCCCUACAAUAGGGCGUCAGGGGAAAGCCUUACGGCGCCAACAGAAUCAAAGGAUCCUGGAAUCCAAUUUGCAUCAUGGGGGGUCGUCAGAAUCUGGUGAACCACGGGAGAGUGUGGCGUUUCUUCAUGAAUACUCUUCUAUUCAGAGUUCUAAUAGCGAGUCUAACGCUGUGGACAGAUGCUCACUAUUUGCAAAAUUUUGCGAGUCUGGGUUAGGUCGUUUACAUCUCCCUCAUUUGGCGGAUACAGCUUACAGUGCAAUCUGGAGGGAGUCUGAAUCAUACGCUGAGUUAAUAGGACCUUAUUGGUCUCUUCGUGCUGCCCUGGGCCCCGUUUUGGAAACUCUUAUACUGCUUGACCGAUUGUUGCUCCUCCAGGAGUAUGGCAGUGAUCUGGAGGUUUACCUGCAGGAGAGAAUGACUUGCAAAAUCUUUAAAGAGUACUACUUUCUGUUGAUAUUGGGGAGUGGUAUGAAGUGUACAGAUUUGCAAAUGUCAGAAGGUACAUUGCUAACUCCUUACAUUCUUUUUAUAUCUUUUGGUUAGGAGGAAUUUAACUCCUUUGUGGACUAAUGUGUAUGUGUAACAACAACAUACGCAGUAUAAGUGGGACUCUGGGAAGGGUGGGAUGUACUCUGACCAUAUUCCUAUUAAAAUGACCAUUUCCAAUAGACCCUCGUAAUAAGUAAUGCGUGUGUAAAAGUGGUAAUUUUAAACUGAGUUGAGUACACCAAUGUUUAACCUUUGGUUAAUGCUCUGCCGAACUGAUGCACACAGAGUCUUCCGGACUUGCGUAUGUGUAAUGAUACUGGAAUGAUGGAGACAGGCCUAAUUGUAUUUACUUAUCUAUAAACCUAAUAAUUCUGUCUCAUUAUCAAAUCCUCCCUUCCAUUUUCUAAUAUUAUUAGGAAACGAACCUCAAUCCAUGGAGGCUAGAAUAUUUUUUACAUAUUCCCACUGAGCUUUACACGGUAGAACAAGUUCCUUAUCUUGCUUUAAGUAAAAAUGGUAGUCUUAGCAUUUUUAUGUGUAUUCUUCAACUUGGGGUAAGGGUAGUCCAUUGUCUCUUUUAUUAGUUGGUAUGUUAACAGCUUAAACAUAUCGUCUACACUGUUAUCCAAAAAACCUCAAACCAGUUGAACUCACAAUUGCACCUUACGUAUGACUUAUGCUUAAUCAGCUUGCGAGAUAUAUAUAUAUAUAUAUAUAUGUCGUUCAACUUUGAGCGUGAUAAUACAAAAUUGAACAAGUAAAUGCACGUAUAAUAUCAUGUAGAAGUAGGACGUGCGUGUUAAUUUAUUCAAUUUAUAUAAAUUUAAAGGCAUAUCUCGUGUACACUCAAAAUUAAAAAGCACCAAUAUAAGAGGUCUUCUGUAUAAAAAGAAGUAAAUUUUGUCACCUCCACCUCAAUUUAAAUAUUAAUAUUCUUCAUAGUAAGAGUUUUCUAGAGGGUAGAAUUCAAAGGUCCAAAGUUGCUCGCCGUCGGAGCAUUAACCUCAGGAGACUUUUGAUUAAGACAUGGAGAAAAAUGGGAUCUAACAGGUGGCAAUUUUUGGAGUGAACACACGUGAAAGUUUGAAUAAAUAUUUGUUGUUUAGUACAGUUGUUAGUUCAUUAACAAAUCAGAUAUUAGUAAGAAUGACAUUGAAAUUCCCACUAGGAGGAAAGAUAUACUCAUGGUUACUAUUAAAAACAGGAUUACUCAAUCAGUUGCUAUCAAAGCAAAAGGAAAGUAUUCAAGGAAUUUGGUAUAAAAUACAAAAACUUGCAUUUCCGAACUUUAAAACUUAUUGUCAUAAAUUGAACUCUCAUGGCUGGAUGAAAAUGGCUUGAAUCUUAUCAGUUAUUUGUUUUUGAAGUCUAUCUAGAAUCAAACUAUUGAAUAUUGCGGCUUUAUACUUAAAAAAAUUUAAUGAAAUUAAGUACCAACUCUUUCUACAUCCCCCUUUGUAGGAUUGCUCUAAUGAAUUUUCAUUUGAAGUUUAUGGGUUUCUAGUUUAUGUUAAGAAUAAGUAGGUUGACGAUCAAAUAUCUUUAAAUAUUUAGUGACAUUCUUCCAUAAACAUGAUAUAGAUAACUUUUAUUGAAUUAAUAUGAACUUUUAGAUCUUCUUUUGUCAGUAUAGGAUGAAUGAUUAAUUUAUAUAGCAUUUUAACUUUUAGCUAUUAUAGCAUGACAAUAUUUCUCACAGAUAAAAGGCAGAUUUUAUCUAUGAUAUUAACCACGUCUCUAAUAUGAUAUAAUCUAACCACAACAAAUGAAAUUGACUACGAACUUCAUGGCUAACAUAUGUUGUUUAUAAUUCAUUAUAAUCUAUUACUAAAUAAAAUUAGCAAUGAAUUUUAUUGUUUAACUAGGCUCUAAUAAUAAAAGCUUUGUUAUAAUUAUUUGUUUUAAAAUCUUUGAUUUGGAUAUUUAUGGCUAUCUUUUUCCAUGAUCUAAUUUUUUUUUUAGGCUGAGUGUUUCAUAAGCAACUUUUUUUUAAAGAAAGGAACAAAUCUUUUGACUUUUCCUAGAAAAUUCAAGACGAAGACAUAUUCAACACUAUU